AUGGCUAUCAAGACACGGUUCCACGAAGAUUAUCCAAGGGGGCGAGAUGAGAUUCUAGACAUACGGCAUCGGCGGGGUGGAUUCUCACCCCCGUCUGAUGGGAUUAGAGGAGAAUGGCAUACUAGGCGCCGGCGCCGAGGUAGAGACGAAGAGUAUGAAGAAGAAUUUGAAAUUGAGGUCGACCGGGACAGGCGUACUGGACACCGCAGAUCACCGAGACACUACAGUUGUCCUCGCGAGCCCAGAAGGCCUCCUCCCAGAGUUGUGGAGAGGGAGGACCUUGUGGUUCGGAGGGAGGAAAGUCCUGGAUGGAAGAGGAGGGAGAAAAAUGACUUGAUUGCAAGACGAGAGAAAGAUAUCGAUAUUCAUUUUGAGGGCUCUGUCCACCCCGUUUUGCCUCGGCAUCGACCGUCUCAUGUAUAUGAAGAAGAUAUUUUCGAACACCAGCGAUAUGGUAGAGAUACUGAAGACUCUGGGACAAGAAGACAUAAGAAAAACGAAGAUGAAAGGGCUCUUGAAGUCGACGUGGACAUCCAUGAGGAAUUGGACGAUCGGCAUUAUAGAGGGCGAAAACAUGACCCUUUAGUGCUGAGGCCGCGUGAACUAGUCCCAGCCCAUAUCCGAGAAGAAGAUGAAUACUAUAGCCGGCACGUUGCGGAACGGCCAUUAAACGAAGAGAGAUAUCGAGAUACCUCUCAAGAUUGGUGCAUCAUGGAUGUUCCUUCUGGGACACGACGGGCCGUGGCUGACGGACUCGGAGGCGUCAGUGAAGAAAUGUCAUGGCGUAAAGACAACGGUGUCCGAAGAUCUAGACAUCUUUCUGAUAAGUAUGACAGGGAAGUUCAUGGAACAGUUGCGAAACGGUACGUCGGUGUAAAAGAAAAAUGCGAAGAACUCUGGACAGAGAUCACCAAGGACCUUGUUGUGAAGGAGGCCAUUGAAGAGGCAGGGUAUGAUUAUGAAGAGACAGCCGAUUUCUUCUAUGUCUUUUCGUAUCUGGAAUAUGAUGACGUAGCAGAACUGGUGAAAUUUACAGAAGAUUAUCGCCGCCGACGCCGCGAUAGGGUAUUGGAAAUACAGAAUGAGAGAUCAAAGGCUCAUCACUUGCCUCCUCCGUUCCCCCAGUCCAGGAUGCUUUUGGAAAAAGAAUCACCUGGACUGGCCUGUGAUGAUAGGCGAGUAGAAGAGACAGAGAUCUUCAUUGAUGAGAGCCGAAGGUCACGCCGCCGCUCUCCGAUACUCAGAGAGCGUGUCAUUUAA